AUGAAGCCGGAAAAUACGGGUGAGAAUAGCAAUGGGGGUAAAGACUUUGCAUCUGAAUCUUACUUAGUCAGCAUCCCAAGCAGGAAAGCUCUGGCAAAGGUUUCGUGCCGUUGGGGGCUCUCUAAAACAAGCGCGGGCGUGGAUGCACAGCGAUAUUUCCACUCUCUUGACCUUCUUAUGCUGAUAGAAAUUAUUCAAUGUGAGAACAACACGAACGAAAGCCAUGUUCCGCAUGCUACCGGCACCGCCCUCGAGAAUCUCGUCCACGCAUGCUACAAGAUGCAAGAGGCAUCAAACACCAAUCAAACGGAAAUGGUGGUAAAGGUGAUACUUGUUCCUCACAAUGGAUACCUGUGUAGGAGUGAUAUUCUUGAAUUGAGAAUGCGAAAUUCUACAUUUGUUGGCUCCGUCGUUCGGUUCCCAACUCCCUCCGACGGCCAUUUUCCAUCUAUCGCAGCGGCCCAUCGCGACAAAAGCGAUCUCCUUACUCUAUUGUCUUCGGCUCCUGGGGCAUUGCUUGCGAAACAGCAGUCUCUAACAUCGCGUUACGAGACAUUAGAUGUGCUAGAAGAAGAGUUGAGAGUUCGGUUGUCUUUCGAUUGGGUGCUUACGACUAAACCAAUUAUACGCAAAGUAGCCUUGAUAGGAGGGCGUCCCAUGUUUGACCUACAGAGGGGUUCAUUCGGCCACCAAGGCACAUUCGAAGCGGCCCUAGCUCUGGGUAUAUCCGUAGAUGUCGUCGAUCGACCGGGCCAUUGGCUCGAGGGGGAAGCACACUCUCACCUGAGAAACAGCUUCGUGGCUGUUGAUAUGACCAACGAUGCGGAGCUUCCGUCGAGAAUUGCUAAAGUACUCAAAGGAAGGGGGAUCCAUGCCAUCGUUACGUUCUCUGAUGAGGUCGUGAUCGCAACGGCGAAAGCAGCGGAGAUGCUAGGUCUUCCAACCGAGCCCGCACAAGCAAUUCUGCGUGCCCACAACAAAUACGAGACCCGCAAAUUGCUUGACUCCAAUAAUAGUCAGUCACAGACACUGAGGCUGGAUAGCGCAGCGCAACUGGACGACUCUUCUGUGGCCAUGCAGCUCGCAAAUAUGCAAUACCCGUUAGUCGUUAAGCCGUGUCGGGACGGUGCAUCCCGUGGUGUUAAGAAAGUCAACAAUUAUGCUAGUAUGCGCCAGGUUGUACAGGAACUAGAAGAAAGCGGCUUUUCGAAGUAUGGGAUUCUUCUCGAGACGUAUAUUGGUGGCCCAGAGGUAGAUGCCAACUUUGUUCUUUUAGACGGGGAGGUCCUCUUCUGCGAGAUAUCCGACGAAUUACCAUGCCAGGCAGAUGCAAUGGACGCGGCAUAUUCGGAUAAUUUCGCAGAAACCAUCAUGUUACUACCAAGCAGAUUGGAUCCAAAAGAAACACGGCUUAUCCAGUCAUCUCUUCAUCAGAGCCUUCUCAAGCUAGGGUUCCGCUCUGGUGUCUUCCAUGUUGAAGCCCGGGUGCAAAAUUCUUCGAUGUGCUAUAAAGAAACGGACGGCAUCCUAGACCUUACUAACACUGCUGGUUCAAUCAAAACGGAAAGUAAGGCAGUAGAUGUGUUUCUGCUUGAGGUCAAUGUUCGGCCGCCCGGCCUGCACUGUGUGUUUGCUACUACCUAUACGUAUGGUGUGGACUUCUACGGACUUCAGCUUCUUCGGGCACUCGAGGAUCGCGAACGUUUUAUAGCUCUGUCGAAACCUUUCUCCUGCCACGCUCAGUACUGGUGCGCCAUUGUUAUGAUUCCUAUCCACCGCGAAAAUAUUAUAGUACCCGACGACCUUUGCGACAGAGUAAUUGAACAACUCCCAGAAAUUACUCCGUUACUUCCUGCUGUACUCGAGGACCAGCAGAAGGCAUUUAUUGGAAAUGGGCGAUCGUGUUAG